AUGGGCUCCGGAUCUCCUCCUCCAGGCCCAAAGCCUAAGUCCGCUAUUCCAUCUCACCUUCUUAAUGGUAGCUCUCCUCUUCACCCUUCCAAUACCACUGGCGUUCGUGAUGCUCGUGAGCGCGAAAGUCUAAACUCAUCCAUCCGUUCCUCUUUUGCUCCUCGCAUUCCCGCUGAGUUCAACUUGCCGGAAAUAGAAACACAUCCUGUCAGUGAUGCCGACAAUACCUAUAAUGGAGCUGUUCGGAAUUCAGGCAUUGCCAGGCCUACCCUGAGCGAUCCCCCGCGAGACCCCAGAGAUGAGGGCGGUGCUUUAACCCCCCCGGCAACUGUCAGUCGACCAUCGAGCCCGUACACUUCGAAUCCUCCAAUUGACUUUGACGGGUUGAGUUGGCCUUGCCCCGGCACAAGAGCACGGUUGGAAUCCACCCCUGAACAAACCGAAGAGCGCAUUCAGAAACUUGCAGGUGCUGUAAGAACCAUCUUUGAAUGCAUUGGAGAGGACCCGGAGAGAGAAGGUUUGCGGGAGACCCCCGAGAGAUAUGCCAAGGCCAUGCUCUACUUCACCAAAGGCUACGAAGAGAAUGUCAGGGAUCUUGUCAAUGGAGCAGUUUUCCAUGAGGACCACGAUGAACUGGUUAUCGUCAAGGAUAUUGAGGUGUUCUCCCUCUGCGAACAUCACAUGGUACCUUUUACUGGAAAGGUAAGAAUGGCAUCCAUGUCCUUCGAAAUACAUCCACUGACGAAAGUCCUUGGGAUGCAGAUGCACAUCGGAUACAUCCCUGACCGUCGGGUGCUUGGUCUUUCUAAGCUAGCCCGAUUGGCAGAGAUGUUCUCCCGAAGACUUCAGGUGCAAGAACGUCUCACCAAGCAAGUCGCCCUCGCCAUCUCGGAGGUUCUGAAGCCCCGCGGCGUUGGUGUCGUCAUGGAAUCUUCCCACCUUUGUAUGGUGAUGCGCGGUGUUCAGAAGACCAGCAGCACCACUACAACCAGCUGUAUGCUUGGUUGCAUGCGGUCCAGCGCGAAGACCCGGGAAGAGUUCUUGACGCUCCUCAAUAGGAAGUGA